CAAGUGCAUUAAUGAUGCUCGCGAGCCCAAUCUUCCAAGAAAGACCUCUUUGAACUGGAAUCAUCUGCGAAAUUAUGAGCGUUUCUUGAGCAACUUCGGUAGAUAUCACAUGACUCAGUCUUUAUUUUGUGGACUUACAGGACUAUCGUCAGGUUUUGCCGGUCGGGGAAAGCGAAAUUAAAAACCGCAAAGCUUGCGCAAUUUAGAAGAAGUUCAUUAGUGCGCUCGUGAGCUAGCUUAAGUUGCUAGCCCAGAAGUCACACAGCCGUUAGUCUCAAUAUGUUGUGCGGUAACUAGUUAGCAGGGCCAGCGCACUUGUCGUGGGUUUUGUACCCGACAUGUUUUUGCGAGAGGACGACGGGUGCCAGGAAGCAAGCUGUUGGAGCUCAGAGAAACUACUUCAUUAUGGCUAAACAACAAACACAGCUGCUCUGUUGAUGUGAGAGGAAAAAGGUCAGGAGGACAACAUCAGCGACUAUGAGCAGGGCAGAACAACAGGACAGGGUCUUGUCCACAAGCGAAGACUCUCUCCUGAGCCUCCACAAGUCUAAAACUGACCCGCUGAUCCGGAGCCGACCCCUCAGUGAUAUAUACCCAUUCCACAGUCAUGCUGACAGAAGUGCAGUCCCAUGUCUGUUGUCUGGGUGUGGUGCCCAAGUACAGCCGAUGACUGCAGGUUCUGACGAAAACAGACUGAAUGGCAUCAACUCCUCCGCCUGGUCCAACCCUGUCAUCGGUCAACCUGAGGGAAAGCCUAACCCCUCAAGAAUUAUGAGGCUUUUUUCUAAGUCGAGGAAGGGUCCCUGUCCCUGGUCACAGUCCAACCGUUGACCCUCCCACCUUAACCCACAGCAACGACAGCAACAGCGGCCCCCAGUCCUGGUCAGGACUGACUGUUGUGGACUCCUUCAAAAAGCUCCGCUCCUCUGUCCUCCAGGGUAUACAGAGUAGAGGGGCGGUCCCUCACGAUGGAGAACAUGACCCAUCAGAUCAGAAUGUGGCUAAUGGCACAGCUGUGGGCAACAUUGACCCCGGUCUAGAUGAUGCAACACAUAAUUUAAAGUUUGCAGAAGGAUACAGUGUGUUUAAUGGAAAUUUCGAUGGGCAAAAGUUGAGUGUGAUGAUCCAAAGUGGAUCAGAUAUUGAGGACUACGAUGACGAAGAAAAUGAUCAAGAAGACGGUCUCACGCGCAACACACGAUUGUCGCGGAGUAUCAGGAGAGCGUAUGGAGCAGGACGCAUCUCCUUACUCGACACAGGGAAUAGGAGACUAGCAGGAAGCGGCACAAAUGGAGCGACAGACAGUCAGAAACCAAAUCACACAUCCGAGGACAAUAUUCAAACAAAGAACCUGAGUGAGAACACAAAUGUGAAGGUGCUGAGCAGACUGAGCAAAAGUGCAGAAAAUCUUGAUGUAUUUAAGGCACCUUUCAGACGCAAAGCCCCAACUCCAGGACCUCCUUCGCCCCUGGAAGAGCCCCAGAGAACUAGCACAUCAAAUGGGACACCAUACAUCCAGAGGACAUCUAGCGCCUCCUCAGUGGACCUUCGGGGCUACGCUGUUAGCCACAGAAAGACCCCGGUGAUGACCAAGGGGCCGAUGCUAAAGCUAGUAGGCAGCAUGACCGACCUGACUGUGCGACGCAGGCGAAGUCCCUCCCCCAGCCCCAGCUCUCCAUCUCCCUUGUCACCCCUAACCCGUCUCCAUGACGACUACUCCCGCCGUGUGCCUUGUCUAAAAACAAGUGAGCGACAGCGCCGGCCCUCGCCCGUCAGAGCCCGGGUCAUGUCUGUCGAACGCACCAGUUUUGGUCAUCUACAGCCUGAUUACGAUGUGGGCCCACAGCAGCACCAGGUCCUUAUCAGCCAGGUUUCUGUGGAUCCCCCAGAGAGAACAGAGCGAAUGUCACCUGGUAUCUCUGCUCAUUAUGAAUCACUGACUGCGGCCACAAUAGGUGCUUAUAAAGCAGAAUAUGAUUCAUCUGCUCUCAGCCAGAACGAUUCUUGCAAACAACAAGAACAGACUGAAGUCAACAUGCUACAACAUGAGGCGACAUCAGACCAAGCAGGCCCAGAAGCAUUUCUCCAAACAGAUGAAGUAUCUCCAACAGCCAGCAGCACCCCUCCUAUCUCUCCAACAGCCAGCAGCACCCCUCCUAUCUCUCCAACAUGCCUUUCGGAGUCGCCCACAUCAUCCACAGAUGCAUCCACAGAUUCAUCCACAGAAAUAUCCUUCGUCAAGCCCAGACGAAGAAGUGGACGCCCGAGACCUCGGCCCAUCUCUGACUACGGGCAGCUCAUUUCCAGGAAGCACUCCAUUCCAGAGGAAGUGGCAGAACUGCGCACUGAAGAAAGGACAGCACAUACAUCAUUGCAUGAAGACUGCGGUGGUAAUGAAGCGUGUAGCAAUGGAGAUAGCCCUGAGAACUGCAGCAUGAACAGAGAUGUUCAAGGCACAAAGCAGCGUCCAAUCUCAGUGAUCGGAGUUGUGGAUCUGUUCUCUCCUGAUGAGGAGAAAGACGACCGCCUUCCUUCUCCUCUGUUGCGGCCGCCCAUCCCCUCCCACCAGGUGCCCCCCUACAAAGCAGUGUCUGCCAGGUUUCGCCCCUCCACCCUCUCCCAGAGCACCCCCAUCGGACUGGAUCGUGUUGGACGGCGUAAGCUCCACAGAGUGCUCAGCGUUGGUGUGUCUGAGUGCUCGGCGACACUUGAUGACAGCGUGAGUGAGGAGGAGGAGGGCAGCUUUGAUGAGCUCACUGAUGUCACGCCCUACCUCCAGCCAGGGGUGGAGCUCUCUGUGCUCAAUGAGUGGAUAAGCUCUGGCCACACAGUCUGUGCUGAGGCUCUCUGGGACCAUGUGACCAUGGAGGAGCAGGAACUGGCCUUUAAGGCGGGAGACGUUAUCCGUGUCCUGGAUGCCUCACAUACGGACUGGUGGUGGGGCAGGGGGGCUGACAAGGAGGCCUGGUUCCCUUCCAGCUUUGUGAGGGUGCGAGUGAACCAGGAGGACUCCAGUGCAGAAAGUGUGGAGAGUGUAGCGGACCAAGAAGAUCCAACUCCGAGGGACACGCACAGCGCUCAGCACAAGGAGCAGAUGAGAACCAAUGUGGUUAAGGAAAUCAUGAAUACUGAACGCAUCUACAUCAAGCACCUAAAAGACAUCUGUGAGGGUUACAUCCGUCAGUGCCGUAAGCUCCCGGACAUGUUCACUGAGCUGCAGUUGAAGACCAUCUUCAGCAACAUAGAAGACAUCUACAGGUUUCAGAGGCAGUUUCUCAAAGACCUGGAGAAGAAGUACGACAAAGACCAACCACAUCUCAGUGAAAUAGGCUCUUGUUUUCUCUUGCAGGGAGAAGGCUUCUCUAUCUACUCGGACUACUGUAACACUCAUCCAGCAGCCUGUGCUGAACUGCAGCGCCUCAUGAAGUCGAGCAAAUAUAAACAUUUCUUUGAGGCCUGCCGGCUCCUCCAGCAGAUGAUCAACAUUUCUAUUGCAGGUUUCUUGCUAACGCCUGUCCAGAAGAUCUGUAAAUACCCGCUGCAGCUGGGAGAACUGCUUAAGUACACUCCCAAAGACCACAGUGACUAUAGCGGAGUGAGCAAAGCGUAUGAUGCUAUGAAGAACGUGGCCAGUCUGAUAAAUGAGAGGAAGAGACGGCUGGAGAGUAUCGACACCAUCGCUCACUGGCAGGUGGCCAUUCUACACUGGGAGGGGCCCGACGUGCUGGAGCGCAGCUCAGAGCUGAUCCACUCUGGUGAGCUGGCUCGAGUCGUCCGACAGGGCAAAAUGCAACAGCGCAGCUUCUUCCUGUUUGACCACCAGCUGGUCUUCUGUAAGAAAGACGUCCUGCGCAGAGACCUGCUCCACUACCGUGGUCGGCUGGAUAUGGACCAGACCGAGGUGCUGGACGUGGCCGACGGGCGAGACCUAGAUCUGGGCCUGACCCUGAAGAAUGCUCUGCGCCUCCGCAACGCCUCCACCCUGGAGUUUGUGUGCGUGCUGUACUGCAGGAAAGCCCAGGACAAGCAGAGGUGGUUACAGGCCUUUGCCAAGGAGAGAUACAGAGUGAAGGAAGAUCAAGAGAUGGGAAUGGAGAUCAGCGAAGAGCAAAGAAAAGAGGCCAUUGUUAAUGCCAGAAGAGCCAAACAGAAGAAGAGCAAAACGAUUGGUUACUCUGGCUCUGUCCCGCCACACCACCAAAACCUGCACCCACUUCACCAGCGUCACAUCACCAUUCCAACCAGCGUGCCUGAUCAGCAGGUCUUCUCUCUGGCAGAACCCCCAAAACGAAAGCCUUAUCACCUGUUGUACAGCAUCACCCGCAAUGCCUUUUUCAAGAAAUGAGGCUUUGCUCCUUUUCCCCCCUCCCUGUGCAGAACACGCCCAAACCGUCCUGAAGACUCAAAGAACACUUUAUUUUUUUUAUUUCAGUUUUCUUCCUGUGAAUGUUCUCUGUGCCUCGCGUGUCUUUCUCUUUGUGUUUGUUUUUGUUGCGUCGUGAAGUUCAGUGCCUACAAUUUGUAAAGUGCACAACGAAAAGUGUUAAAAUACUGACUCUGUCCAUUUUGUUGGUGUGUUUUUAAGAUGCUGCUCACUCAAGUGAAUCCCACCCCUUUGUCUUAUUAAUUCCAACUGAUGCAAGAUUGUUUCUAUGUUAAUUAUGACACCAGAGUAUAUUCUGCUUUUACGUUGACAAACAUGGUUUUAGUUUAUUUCACAGAGGCUGGACCCCGUCUGUCAACAGUACAGCCAGAGGAUAAAUCACCUACCUUGUUAGCACUGUAAAUAAAACUCUUGUAAAAACAUA